CUAAGAUGAUACGUGUAGCGUCACCAGUGUUAUGGUAAAAUUAGUAGUGCGCACGCGUCUUGCAGACAGUUCAAAAUGUUACGAUACAAAUUGUUUACUUCUAUUUUAUUCGUCUCUAUGGUGACGAUCUCCCAUUCGCAACGGGACAAGAAGUAUUUUCGCAAAGACUACACAUACAUUGAAGCGACCGACAGCUUUUACAAGAUGCACACGAUUCACAAAACCUGGGAAAAUGCCAAAGACCUGUGUGCCAUGGAAGGUGCCACUUUAUUCUACCCUGAAAAUCAGAAAGAGGCAGAAGCUGUGUCGCUAUACUGGAACGCAACACAACCCUUCCCUCACAUAUUCAUCGGUGCUUCCAGCUUGAUUGCUAAGGGAAUCUUCGAAACUGUUGAUGGUCAGCUGAUAUCAGACGUGUACUCCAACUGGGCUCCUGGUGAACCAAACGACUCAUACGGCAAUGAGGACUGCGUGAGCAUGAACAAAGACCAGACCUUGAAUGAUCUCAGCUGCGAGCACAAAAGCCCUUUCGUUUGCAAGAAAACGCUUGACUCUCUGGACUGGAACACGAAGUGUGAUAUACCAUAUUUAGAUUAUGAAUUCGACGAGACUCUGGGCAAGUGCUACAAGUUCUACUCUGAACCAAGGACGUGGCGUGAUGCGUACGUAGCCUGCAGCGCAGAACUGUCAUACUUGGCCAUCAUUGACAGUCAAGCAGAGGCUGAUCAUCUGGCGAAAAUAACAACAGAAGCCCCUAAGGAAGACAGCCAGAAUGCCCUCGAAGAUACAGUGUUUCUGGGCUUCAACAAAUUGAGAAAAGGAUGGAAGACUAUUAAAGGCACAAAACUACAAAACAGUGGCUAUACCAAAUGGGGAGAUCAGCAACCUGAUGGUGGAGACAGUGAAUCAUGCGGUGGCAUAUCCUAUGACGGUCUCUUGAAGGACGCCAAGUGUGAAGACCAGAGCUAUUUUAUUUGCGAACAUGACGUGGCUCCUUCUUACAACUUACACGAGAGAUUCGGCGACUAGUGUUCACGGUGAUAUUUUAGUUAGCUAGAUUCAAAUUACCUAGUAGAGGAUACGUUUUGGAUGCUCUUGCAUUUCUUAUUAGAUAAAUCUUUAAUUAUUAUAUAUAAUAAAAAUAUACUCAUUUA